CCCGCCCUGCCCUGCCCGGCUCUCCGGCGGCGCCGAUGGGGCUGCGGGCUUGGCUGCGAUCGCUCGGCGGCUGCUGCGGCUGCUGCGGCGGGGAGGCGGCGGCGCCCGAGAAGGAGCCCCUGCUCAGUAACAACAACCCCUACGCGUCCUUCGGAGCCACGCUGGCGCGGGAUGAGGAGCAGAACCUGUGGAGCACCCCCCACGACGUGACCCACACCGAGGCCGAYGACGACCGCGUGCUCUACAACAUGAUCGUGGUCAGGAACCAGCUGGACAAGGACUCGGAGGAGUGGCAGAAGCUCAACUAUGACAUUUAUACCUUACGGCAGACCCGGAAAGAAGUGAGGAGCAGGUGGAAACACAUUUUGGAGGAUUUAGGUUUCCAGAAGGAAGCAGAUUCCCUCUUGUCAGUGACCAAACUCAGCAUCAUCAGUGACUCUCAGAACAUGAGCAAAGCUCGAGACAUCCUGUUAAAGCUCUCGGAAGAGACAAACAUCUUCCCGACCAGCUGGGAGCUUUCCGAGCGCUACCUCUUYGUGGUGGACCGGCUCAUCGCCCUGGACGCCGCGGAUGAGUUCUUCAAGAUGGCCAGCGCGGCGUAUCCCAAGCGGCCCGGCGGGGACAGAGGGGACGAGGGCCCCAGGGCUCUGCACAGUGUCCCUGCCACGGUGCCCUGAGGAACUUGCCUCGCCGGUGUGACACGGACAGUAUCCAGGACAGGCUCCUCUGCCCAGGGGUGACACGGACAGUGCCCGGGACAGGCUCCUCUGCCCUGGGUGACAAUGGACAGCGCCCGGGACAGGCUGCUCUGCCCGGGGGUGACAUGGACAGCGCCUGGGACAGGCUGCUCUGCCCGAGGUGACACGGACAGCACCCGGGACAGGCUGCUCUGCCCGGGGUGACACGGACAGUGCCUGGGACAGGCUGCUCUGCCCAGGGUGACACGGACAGUGCCUGGGACAGGCUGCUCUGCCCAGGGUGACAUGGACAGCGCCCUGGGACAGGCUGCUCUGCCUGGGGUGACAUGGACAGCGCCUGGGACAGGCUGCUCUGCCCGGGGGUGACAUGGACAGCGCCCUGGGACAGGCUGCUCUGCCCGGGGGUGACAAUGGACAGUGCCCGGGACAGGCUGCUCUGCCCAGGGUGACACGGACGGUGCCUGGGACAGGCUGCUCUGCCCGGGGGUGACAAUGGACAGUGCCCGGGACAGGCUGCUCUGCCCAGGGUGACACGGACGGUGCCUGGGACAGGCUCCUCUGCCCGGGGGUCAGCACCCAGCACCCUCCUUGUUUCCCCGUGGAGAAGCGAGCGGGCGGCCAGAAAAGGGCGGAGAGGCCAGCGAGCCAUGCCCAGCGAGAACUGCCCUAGAGUAGCCCAGUGGGCCACCACUGGCCAAUAGUAUGUGCCACAGGCAUGGGGAGGGAGGAUCUGCCACACAAGAACCSCAAAGCUUGAGGUGCCUCCAGCUCCAAGGGCUGCAGGGAGAUCCGUGUUUCCACCUUCCACUGGUACCUGCCACUGUCCCCUCCCUCGAGCCUGCCAGCCAGGAGGAGCAGCGAGAGAGGAAAAACACCUCCAGCAUCUACAACUCCGUGAUUCUGCACACUGGUGCUCUUCCUCAUUCCCAGCCCUCCAGGCAGGUCCCAGAGGAUUUGGGAAAGAGGCAGGAGCAGUGCCAGGACAGGAUUUAAUUCCAGGCAGCAAAGCCUUGGAACAAUAUCACAGCUGGGUGCUCCAUCCCAAGCCAUGAGUGCUCGGGGUGUUUUUGUCAGGGGUGCUCAGCUGGACAUCUUAAAAGAAUGUGGAGUUUAGGAAGGUGCCAAGGUUGGAGCUGCUGAGAAUUUGGCUCCUGGAACAUGCUCAGAUUGAUUGGCCAGUGUCUCAAUCAAUUUUGAAACRUUUUGGUCUUAAUUGCCUGAAGAAAACCCACCACAAAGCUGCAUAUACUGUCAAUAUAAAAAUCCUCAUUACCAGGAGGGAUGAUAUAAUGAACAUCCCAUUUAUCUUGGGGCUUUGUCUGAUAAUGAGCAAUAAUUUUUAAAACACUGGAUUUGACAAUUUAAAAAAAAAGUGGAAGUUCUUCACUGAUUAACACACAUGCUGCUAAUUGGCCAGUUGAAAAUACUGGUUACAAAGGACCUCCCAAAGUAGCAAAUCAGAGCUUUUAUUUGUUGAUACCUACAGUGUUUGAUAAAAAAUUAUAUUUAUGAAUUGUUUCUGUUUGUCAGUCUUCCUAGGAAACAUUUUUGUCGACUCAGAACAGCAGUGAAAGCUGAGUUUAAUAAAGAAAACAUUGCAAGACCAGCCUUUCUUAUUCUCUCUGUAAACCUGUUCAGGUAAUAACGUUUGUGUUGACUGCUGCUAGGAAAGGGGCUGRGAUAUUUGUAGAGCCUCUGCAGCAUGUUGUCCACACACUUUAAAUUGCCUGUUGACUUACGAGAGUUGGGUCGUUUGCCAGCCUGAGACCAAAGUCUUUGUAGGAGAUGAUGGGGAUCAAAUUUAAUUUCAGUGGGAUUUGGCAUUAGGUGCCCAUUUCCUACUGAUUGAUUUUUUUUCUAGCAGGAGUUCAGCUGCCCCUUGGAAAACCUCCCRUGUUUUUAUAGAAAAUAAACUGUGGUGCACAACAAAUCCAGGGUUUGAUUUGAACAAAUUGUUGCGGAACAGGGAGAUCCGACAGAAUGAGGAGCGCCGUGCCAAGGUGAUACC